AACAAUGUCAAAAAUUUUAUAAAGAAGCUUGGAUGGGAGAAAAGGAGAAACGACAAGCUAUGGAACAGGAACAUAACAUUAAUAUAAUUCAAGAGAAUAUAGAAUUUAUAUUAAGCAGAUGUAGAUUCAUAUUCAAUGUUGUCUUAUUGUCUACAUUCCGAAGAUUCCCGGCCGAUAAUUUCUGGGCCGGCCCGUAUCACUACUCGGAAGCUACUAUGGUCACAUAUACCAAAAUUGUUUGUCAUUUGGAACACUUAGAUCCAGUGACGAUUAAACCAGAAGUUCCUUUAGCAUCUGAUAUUAUUGAUCUCUCCGAAAAUGAAGACCCAUUUGUAAAUUUAUUAUCGUCAAGGUUUAAGCAGAUUUUGAUGCAUCAUGAGUUUGGCAAUAAUGAAUUUCCAGGAGAAAUUAAAUUCAUGCUAGACGAUUUCGUAGACACGUAUAAAGAUCUAAGACCUGACUUUGAUCCUAUGUUAAUGCGACCAAUAGCCUUUCCAUGA